UGUCGUUUUUGCAUGGCAUUACGUCAUUCGUUCAGCAGUCGUUUUAAUUCCUCUUUUUUUGUUGCAACAUAGAAAGUCGUCUCUGCUUUGUGUUUCCCUUUCUUUCACGUUUCUUCCGUGAGUCACAUGAUUGGAAAAUAACACAAGCGUGUUCACCUACUUCAUUUGUUGCGGAUUCCCUCAGCACACAGACACUUUCUCAAGACCCCGGGACUGAAGAAGGAGGAGGGAGUUUGAGGGCGAGCAUCCCAUAGGGCUGUAUUUCCUCUCUGUGGAAUCUAAACCAGACACACCAAAGGGAACACUUUUGGAGGUUGCGAAGUGCUUCCGUUAUGACAAGCUGCUGUGUAGAAGAUGUCCACAUUGUCUGUGACUGGUAUCACUGAUGUUGGUCAUGGAGAAAGCAAAGUGUUUGUGUCAGCCUGUGAGCUGCAGCUGGACUCCAGCACAGAGGACUCAAGCAGCGGCCUGCUGAUCGAGGGCAGGCAUGAUUCUUCCCACCCCUCCAGAUUCAACGGGACAGUGCUUGGCCCCGCACAGGACCAUGGGACUGACCUCUCCUCGCAGGAUCUCUCCCCCAGCCCUCUGAACUGUGCCGGGACCAUGGACCCCACUGACAGGAUGAAGCUCGAAGUGGCUGCCGACAUUCUGGCUGCUAACACAGGAUGUCAGCCCGUGAAGCGCAAGAAGGGCCCGGCCCCGAAGAUGCUGGGGAACGAGGUGUGCAGCGUGUGCGGGGACAAGGCCUCGGGCUUCCACUACAACGUGCUGAGCUGUGAGGGCUGCAAGGGCUUCUUCCGCCGCAGCGUGAUCAAGAGCGCGCAGUACGCCUGCAAGAACGGCAGCCAGUGCGAGAUGGACAUGUACAUGCGCCGCAAGUGCCAGGAGUGCCGGCUCCGCAAGUGCAGGGAGGCGGGCAUGCUGGAGCAAUGCGUGUUAUCGGAAGAGCAGAUCCGGUUAAAGAAGAUGAAGAGGCAGGAAGAUGAGACAGCCAGGACGUCGACCCUGCUCCAGAAUCACUUUCCAGGGGCAGAAGCACCCAAGCUCGCACCCGAGCAGUUAGAGAUGAUCAAGAAUCUGGUGGCAGUUCAGAAGCAGUGUAAUAAGAGUUCUUUCAUUGACCGCCUCAAAGUAACGCCGUGGCCCCAGAGCCAGGACCCGCUGAACCGGGAGGUGCGGCAGCAGCGCUUCGCUCACUUCACAGAGCUGGCCAUCAUGUCUGUGCAGGAGAUCGUGGACUUCGCCAAGCAGCUGCCUGGCUUCCUGGAGCUCACCCGCGAGGAUCAGAUCGCACUGCUCAAGACCUCCACCAUCGAGAUUAUGCUGUUGGAAACAUCCAGGAGAUACAACCCAGCCAUAGAGUGCAUCACCUUCCUCAAGGACUUCAGCUACAACAAGGAAGACUUUGCAAAAGCAGGUCUGCAGUUGGAGUUUAUCAACCCCAUCUUUGAGUUCUCCAAGGGGAUGAACGACCUGCAUUUAGAUGAAGCCGAGUUCGCCCUUCUGAUCGCAAUCAACAUCUUCUCUGCAGACCGCCCGAACGUGCAAGACCACGAUUUGGUGGAACGGUUCCAGCAGCCAUACGUCGAUGCACUUCAUUCCUACAUCAGGAUCAAGAGACCAAAUGAUCACCUGAUGUUCCCCCGCAUGCUGAUGAAGCUGGUGAGCCUUCGCACCCUCAGCAGUGUCCACUCGGAGCAGGUCUUCGCUCUGCGGCUCCAGGACAAGAAGCUGCCGCCUCUCCUGUCUGAAAUCUGGGACGUCCACGAAUGACCAACAGCACCUCCUCACCCCUGCACUGCAUCCCUGGAGCCUCCCCCCCAGAAAACAGACAAGAACUGCAGCAGCUGGGUGUGCCUCUUUUUCUCCUGUUUGCUUGGAGUGGAAUGAGACUGUGCAAUGCCACGCAGAUACUCUCUGAAGCCCCAGAUCACAAGAAGCAUUGCUUUAAACAUUGGGCAUGGCAAAGCCAGACUACAACUGUAAAAAAAAAAAGUUAGCACUUGAGCACAGACUAGUUCCAGCUCCUUCUCACAAAGGAAUGUAGACACAGACACAAAGGUAGCAGGUGGAGGAAAAUGGAGGAAGCCCUGCGUCCACAGGCACAUGUACAGCAAGGCAAAGCAAGUUGUUCAGGCUGCAGUCAAUUAUUUUAUAUUUCUUUGCCUUCACCUUCCAGUUCCAGAUAAAUACUAACCUUGCAUACCGCACCCCUCACUGCUGCGUUUUUCACCAAUGAAUGUAGACACAGUCAGGUGCUGCUUUUCCAUUGGCUUGCCACCUGUCUCUAGCGGGAGCUGUGAGGUUGAGCAACUAUAGGUGAUCUCUGAGGAGUUCGUUUUCAAGCAGGAUUUUCACUACUCCAGAGUAUUUAUUUUAUAAAUAAAAACUCUUGGAAGAGUUAGCCCUGGUCAAGGAUAAAAUUCCACAAACGAAUUCAGAGGCUGUGUAGGUCAUCACACUUUGUGGAAUGAAUAGAAUAUAUAACCUUAUGGAAACCUUUCAAAGAAUGUUAAUGCAGUAUAGAUUUACACAUGCCUACACAUGUGCUAGCAGUCCUUUUUUGUUUGAAAAGCAGGCUUAUACAGCUGCACCAUUUGGCUUGAGAGCAAGUAUUUCCUUACCAUUACCAUGACAGUAAAGAAAAAUAAAGUUGCAGGAGACUGCAAUAUUGUGACGUUUUCCUUAUUUGUUGACUACUGAUAUCCACUCAAGAUGUACAAGAGACAGAACUACGGUGAUGUUGAGCUGGAACCCAGCGGUAAAUCGUGUGGGUGGAGGCUACAGGAAGGCUUGCUGGGUUUCUGGGCUUCAGUCCAGUCUGUUGGGACAAAACCAAAAAGAGCCAUUCAAAAUCCUUUCCAGUCUACAGCUGCUCCAACAAGACCAGGCUGCAUCAUAGAAAUAACAUUGUGUUCUUUAGAGCAAGUUGCUUGAUUUUGUUUCCUACCUUUUCUUUGCCUUUUUCUGAUGUUGGCAAUCCUGGUGAGUGCUUUUGGGUUCUGUUGAUCCAAUACUGAGGUAUUCUAACUGCCUCGGACUCAGACUUUCUCACUCCAUAUAGAUCAUGUAAAAAAAGUGCCUUUUUCAAGGUCUAUUCAGUACUAAGCAGUUCAUCCAGACGACCACAAGGCAAGUUUGAAUCCAGGGAAAGGUAGAUUCAGUGAAAGAUUACGAUUACUAAAUGAAGGAGCAACAGAACCCAGAACCACUCUUCAUGAUUGCAAACAUCGUAAAAACAUAAGGGACGCGCUGAACAAGGAAACAGAAUGGCAUUUGAAGCUGUUUGCUCUUUUAUUAGGAAUGCUUAAGCAAACCGAUAAGAAGCCAUUGCUGGUAUCAUGUGCCGAUUUGGGGAUUGACUGAUCGCUGUAUGCUGUGUUGGAGGAAGUACAGCAAGUUCAAGUAAGAAGCGCUGCCCAAAGAUUUGAGCAUUUACUUUAUAGGAAUUCAAUAGGGGUGAAUACAUUAUUGUUUGUUGGCCUGGACACUUUUUUUUUUUACGCACCAGCCUGCAGUAGAUGUCUUCUUCCCUAAACACAAAACUACCAGCUGCGGCUCCUUGGUUGGGCAGCACCUUCGACAAUGCACUAGCACUUACACAAGAGGAGCUGUGCAGGUGUAGUCUGCCAUCAAAGAAUGUGAAACUACAUGUCAAAAACAAACUAAGGGAUGAAAUAAGAGGGAACACUGAACACAGCGGGUUACAGUGGGCUAUGGCCAACAUUUAUCAAUGCAAAAUAUUGUUUUUCUUCAAUGUGUUAACAUACGGAAGGGUCACUGGUAUCUUGCACCUUUUUUGUCUAUUUUAACCAAGGGAUUCUGAUAUUAAAGUAAACAGGGCUCUAUUCACUGAACUUUUAAGGAAUAUUUCAAAGUCUGCUCUGAGUCAUUUAUUUCAAGUUUGCAGUUCCUGAAAACCUUUUUUUUUUUUUUUUUUAAUGGCGGUUAGUCUAAGGUAAUGUUUUUAAACACAUUUCCAUUUAACCUUCUUGUAGGUUUUGUGAAUAGGACCUGCAGUCCAGCCAACAGAUUGACACUGCAAAUCAAUGAGGGGUGAUUCAUUAGUGCCACUUCUACCCUCGCAGCAACAUUUAGUAUUAAAAAAAUUACACAAAAUAGCAGUCAAUUAUGCAAUAGCAGUUCAAAACCACUGGGGUAAAACCACUGUAGCUUUUCAAAAUUAAAACUAAUUUAUUAUGUGGGGGUUCCACAGAAGGUUUCUGCAAACCUGUCUUCUGUUCAAGUGAACUUGUCACAGUAGCAACAAAUUACUUUAAACUGAAGUCACAGUUUGUCCAUUUUAAUUGGCUUCAUAUGAAAGCAGUUGAACAAUCACAACUUGAAAUUCCUUCAAAGGAAUAGGGCUUGGGAAUGAAUUUGGGAAUUGAAAAACAGGAACUGACUCCAACCCUGGUGUAACCAAUAACUUCUCCCCAUGGUGCAUGGAAGAAAUACAUCCGAGCACAAAUGUGUGUUUCUAAGCUGCAAGCAUCUUCAGCUAAGAUAUACUUAUGAUUAUUAGCAUACAUUUCACAGUACAGUUUGUACAGUACUUGUCUUUCAAAAGUUUCAUCGUUCAGGUUGUCCUGAACAUUGUGUUACAGCUGCUAUAAUUUCAAGGACAGUAUUGCAAAAUGACCUUGACCUGCUCAAGGUCGUUAUCUUAGAAUAGUAAUGCAAGAUGUUUGAGUGACAGUUCCUGUACACCCUUGCCAUUUGAUUACUUGAUAAGACGGAUAACACUGCUCACUGCUUUGCAGUUCAAUUGCAGCUGGCUGUAAGGAGGAACUAGUGUUUGUGCCUGUGUUUUUGUUUCGGCAGAAAACUCCGAAGGUACUGUAGUAGUAAGCAAUGCUUUAAAAUUGGGCUUUCAAAGCACUGGUUACAACUCUAAGGGUGAUCAUAUCUUCAGGUUUUCCUUUGUAAAGUGCAAACAUUGUAUUGGAGAUACUACUGAAAUACCCCAUGCUAAGGGCAAAUAAGACACAGAAGGCUGUAAAAAACAAGUUACCCUGUAGUGUUCUAAUGUUUUUAUCUACAUUUUUAAUUCAUUUGUAUCUUUUUGUCUCAUUUCUUUAGUAAAACUGCAAUAGAUGUUGAAAUAGAAAAAAAUAUAUAUAUUUAAUAUUUUGUUUGAAACGCCUUCAAUCCUCAUAUGUUCUGCUUGUUUAACUGUAUCAUGUUUAAUGGCGCUUAAAACAAAUAAUAAUAAUAAUAAUAAUAAUAAUAAUAAUAAUAAUAAUAAUAAUAAUAAAAAAGUCUAGCCAAAAGAUAUUUUUUGGACUUUCAAUUUUGAUCUUUACCUAAUAUUUCUUUUUGCACAAUAAUAAUAAUAAUGCAGAUCUUUUAAGAUGUUAAACCACUUGUAAAUAUGUUUUUGUUUUUGUUUUGUUUUGUUUCUAAUUCAGAAGUGAUUUAAAAAAUGCAAACUGAAUUAACUAAUUAAAAAAUUUCCUGGCCA